UCCGAUUCAACUUGUUUAAACUCAAUUAUGACGAGUUGGCCCACACGUCAGUAUAGAAAAAGCAAUCAGCCCCCCAGCUCGCCCAUCUCGCCGGGAAGGCACAGGCACGCCGGCAGCCCCCACACGCUCCAAUGCGAGCAAGAUGGCCGGCGGCGGAGACACUACCGCACUAGCUGCUUGUGUACGGUGUACCCAACACCGUCGGAGUUGCCAGGCUAGCUAGCCAUGGCCAUGCACUACUGCUGCUCGUUGCGGUCGGAGCUGCCACUUGCCAGGCCAAGCUGCGUAGCGGCCCUGCUGGCCUCGCUACAUGCUGCCGCGAACCGCGUCGCACCUGCUCGCCUCGUCCGUGCAGCGGUGACGCGCCGCCGCUGGCCGCCAUGCUCUGCCGUGAGCCGCUGGUCGCCGCAUGUACCCCGCAGGCUUCGUCGACUGCGUUGGGGGGACCUCUCCCCCUGCGACGACCUUGCCGACCUCGCCGGCGCCGCCAGCGUUUCCCGCCUCUGGUGCAGGUGGGGAAAUCAGUCGAUGAGAGAGAGGGAAGGGGAAAAAGCAGGAGGUACGCACGCCGCCGGCGACGACGUCAGAUGGCAGGAGGAUGGAAGGUUUGGCGCCAGCCGCUCCGGCCACACCAGCUCCGCCAUGAACUCAGAGGAGGCACGCGGGUCACCGGAGAAAGAGAUCGAGGCGGCGGUGGUCUUCACCGGAGAAGGAGGCGGAGGACCCGAUUGCUUCUUUGAAGAAAAACUAGGGACCCGAUUGCAUUUUUAGCCCGUUUAUGUGUGGGGUCGGGCAGUCAGAUUUGCGUUUAACCCAGGCAAAGCGAGCAGUUUUCACACUUGGUAGUUUUUUGUCACGGAUUAAUAAAAAAGUGGUAGUUUUCGGGACAAAAUCGUAAAGUGGUAGUUUUCUGUCACGUUUCCAUGAAUUGUGGUAGUUUUUGGUUAAAUACUCCAUUUUUCAUGGCCCAAAGCACGAUGAAUUUGGGUUGGGAAUUUGGCAU